GUGCGUGCCGUUCCCAUUGAUCCGCCGAGCCUGAGCGGUCGCGAGACUCACUGCUGCCGAGCGCCGACCCCGCGGCGACGCGACUACCAUGCAGCCCCCGCCGAGGAAGAGCAACUAUACGAAGUUUCUAAAAAACUUGCAUACGGAGCAGAUCGCCAAACUCCACGCUAAGAACCAGCAUGAAUGCGAUCUACUGGAGGACCUGCGCACCUACAUCAUCAAGCGCAGCGCCAUCGAGAAGUCUUACUCCGAGGCCUUGCUGAAAAUAUCGUCAGCCUAUCUCAACAAGAAAAUUCCGAACAUCCCCGACAUAAAAGUCGACGGAGCCGAAGAGAAAUGGAAUAUGUGGAAUGUGUGGCGCACCGUGCUGGAAGAGAACGAGAAGCUGGCCCGCGCCAGGCUCGCAGCCGUCGAGGUCUUCCAGCAGCAGAUCGCCGACGAAGCCAAGAUCUUGCGCCAGCACAAACUCAACGUCGCUAAGAAGUGCACCGAUUGCCUGGCGCAAGCGCACAAGGAGUUGCAAAUGACUGUCGUGGAAGUUGAUAAGAACAAGAAGCUGUACUUCGAUGAGGAGCACACCGCUCAUGACGUGCGAGACAAGGCCAAGGACAUCGAGGAGAAGUUGAAAAAGAAGAAGGGCUCGUUCUUCCAAUCGAUCACUUCGCUGCAGAAGAAUAGCGCGAAGGUGUCUUCGCGCCGUGACCAGCUCGAGGAGAAGUCCACCGGCGCCAGAAACGACUAUCUGCUGAGCAUCGCCGCUGCUAAUGCUCACCAGAACCGCUACUUCCUCGUGGAGCUGCAAGCGUGUCUUCAUGGCAUGGAAGCAGCCGUGUACGAGAAGGUUUCUGAGUUCUUGACUCUCAUGGGCCGCACUGAGCUGUUGACUUGCUCUGCCACCCAGCAUUCGUUCGGCAAGAUCCGCGACCAAGCCCAACAACUGACCAGAGAGUACAACUUGCAAUGCGUUUACUUGUACUACCCCGUCUUGAAACAACACAUCCAGUAUGAGUUCGAGCCAUGCGACAACGACCCAAUCGAGAUGGUCACCAUCGAGCACGAUGCUGUUGCCACCACGCUUGCGCAGGAGUCGCGCCGCUGGGCCACUCGCGUCGUCCGCGAGACCGCGCUCGUCCGCGAUGCUACGCGCAAACUGCAUCUGUAUCAGGCCAUGCGUGACGCCGGACAAAAGGUGGAUCCAAAUGACCCGAACGGUCCUGAUCUGGAGGUGCGUAUGGACGAGCUGCGUGCCAACAUCCGUCGCUCGGAGACAUCCAAGGCCAAGUACGAGGCUCGCUUGGAGUGCUUGAAAGCCAGCGGUGCUCCCGUCGAUGAGUGGCUGAAGGAGAUCGAUUUGCUUGCGGUGCAGGAGACCCUGCCUCGUAGCAGCAGCCUGCUCAGCGUGAGAACUGAUGCUUCUGGAGCUGCUGACCAGCCAAGCUCGGACUCAUUCUACGACAGCGACAACACUGAAGGCGAGGCGGGUACUUCUGCCGGCGCCUCUGCCUCAGGAGGCCAUCAACGCACCACCUCCGGCUCUCAGAACGAAGACGAGCAUGAUGAAGAUGUUGACACCGCUCUAGAGGAGGAGCGUAUGCGCAUCGAGCAGUUAGCCGUGGGCUGGGAUGAUCCCACGCAGGUUAACUGGGGCGAGCCGGAGCCUGAGACCGCCCCGCAGGAGACUGCUGAGCAGCCAGCAGCGCCGCUAUACAAAUGCACUGCGCUCUACUCGUACACAGCCCAAAACCCGGACGAACUGUCCAUAAUCGAGAAUGAACAGCUCGAGGUGGUUGGCGAGGGAGAUGGCGAUGGAUGGCUGCGCGCGAGAAACUACCGCGGCGAGGAGGGAUACGUACCCCAUAACUAUCUGGACGUUGAGCGCGAGCAGGCAUCGACCGCGCCAGGUCUGGUCACCCAGAUCUCCUUCUCCUCUGUGGAUUACACUGUGGAGGGCGAAGACGCUGAUGUGGUCCAGUCGCCCGAUCAGAUCUCGGUGAUCUCGGCUCCCGUCGCCAAGCCCGAGGAGCCCAAGCAAGAGGAGGCCAAACCUGAGCAGCCCAAGGAACAACAGCUGCCUACUAUUGGCUACUGCUUCGCGCUCUACGAUUAUGACGCUGAGGCUAAUGAUGAGCUCAACCUUGAAGAAGGACAGAUCAUCCGCGUGAUCUCGCGUGAUGCCCACGGUGUGGACGACGGCUGGUGGCGCGGGGAGUCCAACGGCAUCAUCGGCAACUUCCCUUCUCUGAUCGUCGAGGAGUGUGACGAGUACGGCGAGCCGCUCAGCUGCGACGAAGACUGGACCCCGCCGGGCUCAGCGCCGCCGGUGUUCGCGUCGCCGCCGGACACGCCUCCCGGCGCCAGCUACGGUGAAGAAAUGAUCGCCACCGAGAACAACAACUUGAAGAACGCGGCGCCGCCCGCCAACCCGCCGCCGCCACUGCCCGCCGGCAGCGGAGACUCCAUGGAUAGCCAGCCCGACUUCAGCUUUAACUUAGAGCUAAGUAGGAACCAGCACGAGCAAUACGGCAUGCAGUUCGCUGAGCCGUCUUACGCCACGCCGCCUGUCACUAUCGUCGUCGAUGAGGUUGUCGGUGAAAAAGUUGAGGACGAGGAGGAGGAAGAAAUGCCGCCACCGCCGCCGCCGGCCGAGCCGCAGCCGCAGCCGCAACCGGCACCGUCGCAGCCGCCGUCGCAGCCGCUGCACCACAACAACCAUGUGCCGCCGAAAGUUGAGCUGCCCGCCGCUGAGUGCGGACUUGGCGUGGCACAAAUAGUCAUCACCGCCGCCACGCCAAUGGUCGAAGAGCCUGACCAGCCAUUCCCCCCGCCGGAACCCCAGCCCGCACCAGAGCCGCAACCCGAAGAACCAGAGCGUAACGAAGACAACGAUGACGAGGAGUCCUCCCUAUCCGAACAGACCGCCGUCUGCCUGCGCGACUCCGAUGACGGCCCGGCGGACUCCGCUCCGCACCCGGCCUCGAGCUCCACGGCCUCUGAGGGCGAGUCGACGGGCGCCUCGGUCGCCUCGGGCCCCCCAACCGCCCCGCAAUCACCGCCCGCCGCUCCCCGCGCAGGCCGGGCAUCUAUUCCUGAUGAGCUAGAGCCCGCACAACUCGCGAGGCUCACGGAUUUAAAGGAGUCCAACGCUUAAGGCCUAAACUCGAAGAUGAAACGUCGUUCAAGAAGAACGACGACUUAAAGCUUUGACGGACGACGAACGACUUAACAUUGUCUUUGACUGUGGACGAACGAUUUAACACCUUGUAUCGGAAAAUAUUUAUAAUUAUGAUUGUAACGUUCGUCUGCCAAAGACCGUUUCUCUGCUAUGCGAUGUUCUUCUUAUGAUUUGCGUUGUGCGAAUUUUGACGAUUUUACGUAGCUUACUUCAAAUAGAAAUAGAGCUAUCAUUGUGACGAUUUUCACUUCGAGCUAGAUAAUUGUCCACCUUAGUUUUCACUGUGUUAGCUUUUUCACCGGGAGUAUUAAUUUUUAGUCCGGUCUGGACGAAGGAUAUUGAAAGAAUAAAGCGCUCUGCGAACUGAUUGCCUUCGACACUUGCGUUAAAUGAUCUGGCGAUGUUUACAAGCCAUCUUGAUAUGGUUUAGAUAAUUAUAUUUAUAUAUCUCUAGACUCUAGAGUAUUAUUGAAUGUCAGUAUAUGACUUUAUAGUAUUACGUUUUCUAAAAUUAUACAUUAUAAUAUACUUACCUUAUUGGCUAGGUACAUGUGUGGCGCGUUUUAUUAAAUUUCUGAUUGGAAACAUGGAAUCUCAUAAAACGUUCGCGGAGUGGCACGAGCGUUAGACGCGCACGCGCAUAGAGAAACGGUCAUACAACUUGUAGAUUGUACUGUAUAUAGCUGAAACUUAUACCUAGUGAGUUACUGGAGCACAUUCUAGUACCUGUUGAAUAGAAGGUGAUAGCGGCGUAUGUUAGGGCUGUGGGGUCGCUGUUGUUGUCCCUCAUUGUUACCAUAAUAGGGUAGUUUCCCAUAUUUUGUUCAUUAUGAAGCACGUCAUAACGCAUAAAAUGAAUUAAAGAUUAGUUUGUGACACCAAAAUUUACGCAAAAUUCAAGUUAUAAAUAUUGCUCUAUUAGGGCGUAGUGGAGUUUUCUCGCUCUAGUUUCGCUCACACCAAAUUGCCCGGCGAGGUUAAAUAUUGUAUCUUUUUUCUGUUUCACUGUACAUAUUUAAAUAAUCCACUAGAUUGCAAACGUUUAGACUUAUUUAUUUGACUUAACUGUUACUUUAGUGCUAGAUUUUAAAUGUCGUACAUUUUUGAUGUAAAAUUAUUGAAAAGGACAACUACCCUAUUUCCGCAGUAUUUUUUAUGUUUCCCCUUUACUUAUAAUAUUAAUUAUGCACUAACAAUAUAUUAAAUCUGAUGUAUUAUUUAAUGUAUGCCCAAAAGGAUUUUUAAAUGAUUAUGUAUGUAAAAUGUAUAUUUUAUUAUAUGUAUUGAUUAUUGAGCAAUAAAUAACUUACCUCCGGAAAAUGUUCAAUAUUAAGUUUAUGUAGAUAUAUAAUCUAUUAUAUUGUAUUGUAUGUAGUAUACAUUGUUUUAUAUAGAUUUAUUUCACAAAUAUGUAGAUACUAACUAAAUUAAAAUAUAAUAUCUAAGUACUUGCGGGACAACACGAUGGCGACCUAUUGCGAACAACGUUAAGUCAUUGAAUUUUUACAUGGUACACAUUGAGUACCGUCAGUGUAAGAAUUCCGUGGUCGAAAAUAGGAUUAGGAAGAUACAGGGUGUUACCAACUUCUCUUUCCUGCACAACAAAGUCACAAUACCAUCUUUAUCAUAAUAAUCAAAUAAUAUUAAUUAUAAUAAAUCAUAUUCCUCAAGGGCCAAUGAAACCCCACUAAUGGCAUCGUUACAUAUUCAAUAUCGUUGUUCACAAGUGUUUUAGCAGAAUAAUAAAAAUAUAAAAAAAUAAACAAAAAUAUUCGCUUUAGUCAGUGUUUUAGCCCAAACCACGUAGAUAAUUCACAUAAAUCGUCUAUAUUUUAGCGAGUGUUACUUUUAAACACAUAUUUAAUAAAUGUUCCGUAGGAAUUUUAAUCAACGUUAUUAAAGUAGACAUAAUUUCCUUACAAUAGCUUACAUUCUGUUAUAUGUCACUAUGUAGUUUACAUAUGGAAAUAUCAAUAGUAGUUAAUUGUUAGAUGUUAAUGUUACGUGUUUUGUUAUAUAAGCUGUUAGUUAUUUAAAUACGUUAAAUAUACUUAUAAACCUGUUGAAAAACAUUGCCUAUAAAACGCCUUUUGAAUUUUGAACUAAGAACGUCUAAAGUAAAAAAAAAAAUCUCAUGUCAUUCGACUCACACAAAAUUGUAUUUUCAUUACGGUAAUGUUUUUUUCGGGUCAUUUUCAAUGUCCAUUAUAAGAUAUUCGAGAAGAACGUAGCACUCUGUAGACUUAAAUAUCACUGUAUCAAAAUUGGCACGUAAAAUAUUGACUGUAAUUUGCUUACGAAACUGUCGUUUAUAUAUUUUUAUUGACAACGGCAACACCGGCGGACGCUAUAUUAUUUAACGCAUUUUGAAAAGUAGAUACUAUUUGAAUAUAACUGUUUGAGUUGAAAUGCGCUCACGGUGUUGUCUCUUUUGGAAUUAUACUUACAUGAAAUACCUAGUUAUAUGCUUUCCCUAAGGUACUGGACAUUGAAAGUUAUAAGCAUAUGCUGAGAUUUCUAUCUAUGAUGUGUAGUUGAAUUGUAGUCAGGAUUCUGCCCACCUACUUAGCUAUGAUACUUAGCUAUUGUUCACGUUUACGUAUAUUCAACAAAUAUUUAAUGGAAAUAGUUGUAACACGUUUAGAAUUUUAACAUUUAUUAUGCAUCAUAAAAUCACUUCUAUAGACACCAA